AUGAUGAAGAGAACGCGCUCCUCGAUCCUCGCACUAUCCUCCAUUCUUUUUACCCUCCCACAUAUUGUCUCGGGCCAAAGCAUUGUACCGACGGCAUCCUCCCCACAAUUCCCUGGUUGCGCAGUUGGAUGCGCUGUGCUACUCCAGGCGCAGUCAUCCUGUGUUCCUCCGAACGUUCCAACCACAAACCAGCUCACAUACGAGAACUGCUUCUGUCAGAGCAGUCUGUUACAGGCACUUUACAGCACCCCCGAUUCUGUCUGCGCCGCCGGAUGUACAAUUGAAACCGACAGAGAUCUACUGCAAACAUGGUUCACGGGGUUCUGUCAAGUGGUUGGGCAAGGGAUCGACCCUCUGGCUACCGCUUCAGUCACUGUUGUGACCAUCACAAGCACUAACACUCCCGCCCCAACCGCUACAAACACUGGAACCGGAAGCGCGUCAGGUUCUGCUCCUCGAACACAGCAGUCUUGGAUCGAGGGACACUGGCGAUGGAUUUUGAUGCUAGGCAUCCUGGCCGUGGGACUUCCCUUGCUUGCCUGGCUAAUGGUCUGGCUGAAACGUCGACACCGGAGGAAGCUUGAGGCGGCGAGAGCUGCAGCCUCUGGGUUUCCUACCACUGACGAGAAAAGAGCUGGAGCCCGCGCGGCCACUCCAGAACUCUGGGGCCCGCAUCAGCAUAUGCAUCACACGAAAGGGUGGGAAUAUCACAGCGAUCCAGCAAUAGUGGGAACUAGUGCGAUGGCUUCGUCCUCUGGUAGACGAGACAGGAGGCUGAAGCGAGAAUCAUCCUCGCACCACAAUCAGCGUGACCACCCCGCGAUGACCCAACUCAGCGACAGCAGGCCCGUUAGUAGACCGUCUGCCUCGCGGCGGCAAUCGUCCAAGGGGAAAGCAAGGGCAGGCGACGAGAUCACCCCAGUCGACUCUCAGGGUUCUCAUAUUGGUGCUGCGAACAGGAGCCGCAGCAGGAGUCAGCAACGAAGGGAGCCCGAUAGUGACCUCGAAAGAGGUACAGGCGACGCGCAGCACGAGAGGCGACUCCGUGAAGUCAGGGGUAGUCGCCGGAAGAAAGACACC